GACAGUAGUCGCAAUUUGUACAGCCUCCCGUAAGAGAAUAAGCCACAUAUAUUUCAGAUAGAGGCUCGAACCCUGUUCAAUGAACAUCGUCAGGACUGGCGUCUGAUGCACGACAAUCCGUCAAGGGGAGCGCAAACACACACACCCGCACACACACCCACACAUGCAGUCACACACCUCCGCAUGCAGUCUGCCGGUGAAGUAAGACAGCGAAAACUAAAGGUUUCGCCUGACAAAGGAAACAUGGGUGGCCGUGCAUGUGCGACUCUCUUACCUGAAUCUGUUGAUUUUAUGUCGUAGGCAAGACGUUUUUUAUCUUGUGCAGUUUACCAUCGGAGGAAAUGUAGGCUAUUUUCACCUGGAUAUUGUGAAGUUCUGUGAUACGCGGGGAUCAGUCGGGCUAAUGUCUCCGGACCGAGAAUAAAGUCAAGUGACUGCUGACCUUCGGGAAGUCUUUAAAGCUGGCAGACAGACAAAUAUCUACAUACGGAGUGACAACGGAUGGAUAUAUUUGACUCUGUGUUUUAUUAUAGGUCAUUCAGACGUUGCAAAUGCGCAGCCGACUAUUAAAAUCACUAAUUCCGAGCCUAAAAUGCCGCUUGGGCUCCAAACCGUGUAUAAGGUUCACCGUGUCGGGGGUCCAUGGUCUGCCUGAUUCUUUUGGAAAAUGAUUGAUCUGAACACCGACGGUAAAAUAAUGGUGAGAAGAUGCCUUGUGACGUUCAAACCGUUCAGGAUUUUCGUGGUGGGAAUCGGCUUCUUCAGCCUGUGUUUUCUAAUGACGUCCCUGGGAGGUCAGUUCUCAGCCAAGAGGCCGGGCGACUCCCCCUUCACCAUCAGGACCGAAGUGCUGGGGAACCUGGAGUCCCGUGGGGUUCUGCGCAAGAUCAGCGACAUGCUGGAGGUCAUCAUGAAAAGGGUCGACGCCCUAUCCAAGCUGGACAACUCCACUGACUCCCGUCGGUUGGACGAGCUCAGCUCCGCGAUCAACAGGUUUCAGCUAGCGGGCCUGGUGGAGCGGAUCCAGGCCAUCGCCCAGAACGUGUCCAACGCAGCUGUGCGGAUGGAACAGAUCCUGCAGCACACUGUGGCCAUGGGCAGAGUGGUCAGAGAGGGAUCCAGCAGCCAGUGCGAGGUUCCCAAGGACCCCCGAUACCCAGACUGCUCCAGUAAAAUGGACUGGAUGCGGGCCCGCUGGACUUCAGACCCCUGCUAUGCCUUCUAUGGUGUGGACGGCUCAGACUGCUCCUUCCUUGUCUACCUGAGUGAGGUUGAAUGGUUCUGCCCCCCGCUGGCCUGGAGGAAUCACAGCAGACCCGAGACUGUGGGCAAGACGCCAGAGAGGAGACAAGCGGCCUUCCGCACUGAUGUCAGCGCCCUCCUGGAGCAGGUGGGCACGGGCAAGGAGUCUCUGAGCUUCAUGAAGAGGAGGAUCCGCAGGCUGGCUACACAGUGGGGCAUCGCUGCCCAUCGGCUGGACAACAAGCUGCACAGACGCUGGAGGGAGCAAAAGAGGAUCCUGGUCCACGUGGGCUUCCUGACAGAGGAGUCUGGUGACGUGUUCAGCCCCAAGGUGCUGAAGGGGGGGCCCCUGGGGGAGAUGGUGCAGUGGGCCGACAUCCUGACCGCCCUCUACGUCCUAGGGCACAACCUCAAGAUCUCCGUUUCUGUGAAGGACCUGCAGGGGUUCCUCGGGGUGCCGCCUGGAAGGGGAAGCUGUCCGCUGACCGGCCCACUGCCCUUUGACCUCAUCUACACGGACUACCACGGCCUGCAGCAGAUGAAGCAACACAUGGGCCUCUCGCUCAAGAAAUACAAGUGUCACAUCCGCGUCAUCGACACAUUCGGCACGGAGCCAGCCUACAACCACGAGGAGUACGCCACACUGCACGGCUACCGGACCAACUGGGGCUACUGGAACCUCAACACCAGGCAGUUCAUGACCAUGUUCCCUCACACGCCAGACAACUCCUUCAUGGGCUUCGUGUCGGAGGAGCUGAACGAGACAGAGAAGCUGAACAUCCAGAGGGACAAGGUGGACGACAUGGCUGUGGUUUACGGCAAGGAGGCCAGUAUGUGGAAGGGCAAAGAGAAGUUCCUGCAGAUCCUGCACCGCUACAUGGAGAUCCACGGUACAGUUUACUACGAGACACAGCGCCCCCCGGAGGUGCCUGCCUUCGUGAAGAAUCACGGCCUGCUGCCUCAGCACGAGCUGCAGCAGCUGCUGCGUAAGGCCAAGCUCUUCAUCGGAUUUGGUUUCCCCUACGAAGGCCCCGCCCCCUUGGAAGCUAUAGCCAAUGGGUGCAUUUUCCUGCAGCCAAAGUUCAACCCCCCACACAGCUCCCUGAACCAUGAGUUCUUCAGAGGGAAACCCACCUCGCGAGAGGUGUCCUCCCAGCACCCUUACGCGGAGCAGUACAUCGGCCGACCCCACGUCCUGACCGUGGACUUCAACGACUCCCAGGAGUUUGACACCGCUGUGCGUGAGAUCAUGAGGACUAAGGUCGAGCCUUACCUGCCGUAUGAGUACACCUGUGAGGGCAUGUUGGAGAGGGUCCAUGCCUACAUCCAGCACCAGGACUUCUGUAUCCCUGACUAUCCGUACCCCCCGGCCAACUCGUCCAGAAGUAGGUCAGGGAGUGCGCUGUGGCCCUUUGUCGCCCUGCCCAACUCCACCGGCCUUGGCUGGGCCCCCAACAUCAGCGCACCGCCCUCCUGGCCUCCCCUGAGCGCCCUCCGGCUGCUGGUUUCCUCGGAGGGCCAGUCGUGCGUAGAGGCGUGCCGCCACGCCAGACUGGUCUGCGAGCCGGCCUUCUUCCGCUUCAUCAACAACAAAGAGGCCCUCAGCCGGCUGGAGGUGCAGUGCGAAGGACUGGAGGCCGAGAUGAACCACAUCUUCCCUGCCUUCUCAGUGAUGCGCAGGGAAUGCGGCCUUCAAAAGGAUCCGCUGCUCUUCAGCUGUGCCGGUCUCAGCACCAAGUACCGGCGCCUUUGUCCGUGCCGGGAUUUCCGCAAGGGCCAGGUGGCGCUCUGCAAGGACUGUUUGUGAGCUGGCUAUGCCCCCACGUGUCGGCCUCACCCCCUCCCCACCCCACCCUACCUCCCCAUUCAGGCUCCCUUCAUCUAGUGAGCUGCAUAGUUUGUUCAUGGCAGGAUGGAAAUUGGGAGGUUCUGCUCCAUGGGUGGCUUGAAUAGCACCCCCUACUGGUUUUGGAUGCAAUUUCUUUUGAUAAAGAAGAGAGUGCUGGUGGAAAAAAUAACGCCUAUCAAACAGGGGAUUUUAAAGAUGGCAACAUCUUCCCCAGAAGCCCCUGGCAAAGUGCAGCCCAGGUUCUCAGCAAUGGAAGAUUCCGGGCAGUACCACACAGCUGGCAUUGACUGGGUCAGCACUGUAGAGUGGACAUCUACAGUGCAUCCUUCAAAACAGUGGACAUCCAGGACAAUAGUAACAUCAUGCUUGCGUUUGCUGUCACUGAUUCAGCCAAACCCCUCACGUCCACAGAGUGAGUAACCUUUGAAUCAAUGCAGGACAGCUCAUGUCGGACUAAUGCAUGAUGAUGACUCUGAUGAAGAGCCCUUAAACUGCAGGGUUAGACGUGCAGCUGGAGUCCUUCCAUCUCCGAGGGCUGCAGGUGACAUUUGCCAGGAUGACAUGGGUGUCAGGUGCCACACGUAACCCUACUGAACUGUGAAAGAGAUUAUUUUUCAAUAAGUCAACAUCUGAGGGCUCGGGCUCCAACUUCACCCCCAAGUCUUUGUAAAGUGAACCACUUUGUAAAGUAAAUCGAAAUAAAACGCG